AUGACUUUCCCUUUUUGUUCCUGGGUGACAUUAAUAAUAGUUGUGAAUGUUGAAACAAAGUCAUGUGCUUGGUUGAACAACAACGAUUUCAUUUCACAAGCUUCUUCUAUAAGAAGAUUCUUUUUUUCGGCUGAGUUACAUAAGAUAAGGGAAAAUGAAAUUCAGCAUUGGAGAUUGGACGAGAGAAGCAAUAGUCAAUAUAAUAUAUUUAAUUUUGGAGCAGAAUAA